AGAAGGCGCCGGAGAAUGGUCGAUAGGACGAAGCUCGCGGCCGUCGUGGCCGCCGCCGCCGUGGCCGCCGCGGCGCUCGCGGCGGCGCUCGUGUUCCUGGCCAUCUGGCUGCGGCGGAAGCGGGCCAGCGUCGCCGCCGGCCGGACGCGGUCGCUCGAGUCCUCCACGGCCACGCUGCGGGCCGGCAACGGCAACGGCUCCGUCGACUCCAGCGUGUCCGUCUCGGUGUCCGAGAGCGGCGGCGACUGGGCCCACAACCCGCUGCCGCCGGGGAAGCGCGUCGCGUUCUGGGGAUGGCGCGGCGGCGACCACCACCCGCCCCUCUCCGUCUCCGGGAUCCCCAAAUACCACUACAAGGAUCUGCAGAAGGCGACCAACAACUUCACCAUGAUCCUCGGGCAAGGGUCGUUCGGUCCGGUGUACAAGGCCGUGAUGGCCACCGGAGAAGUAGUAGCUGUGAAGGCCCUCGCCAGCGAUUCUUCCCAAGGGGAAAGAGAGUUCCAGACAGAGGUAAUUUUGCUUAGCAGGCUGCAUCACAGGAAUCUUGUUAAUUUGGUUGGGUAUUGCGUGGAGAAACGCCAGCACAUUCUGAUUUACGAGUUCAUGAGCAACGGGAAUCUGGCGAGCCUUCUCUAUGGUGAUAAUAAACGGAGUUUGACCUGGCAAGAAAGGCUACAGAUAGCUCACGAUGUCUCUCAUGGGAUUGAGUACCUACAUGAAGGGGCUGUCCCGCCCGUCAUUCACCGAGACCUAAAGUCCGCUAAUAUACUCCUGGACCAUUCAAUGAGGGCCAAGGUUGCAGACUUUGGUCUAUCAAAAGAGGAAGUAUUUGAUGGAAGCAAGUCAGGCCUCAAGGGCACCUAUGGAUACAUGGAUCCUGACUACAUCACCACCAACAAGUUCACAAAGAAGAGCGACGUGUACAGUUUCGGCAUAAUACUUUUUGAACUCAUAACAGCCAUAAAUCCACAACAAGGCCUUAUGGAAUACAUUGACCUAGCAGCGAUUGGAGGGGAAGGAAAGGUUGACUGGGACGAGAUACUCGACAAGAACCUCCUUGAUGGCAGCAUUGCGGAGGAGGUAAGGGUCCUCGCAGACGUCGCCUACCGGUGCAUCAACAGGAGCCCGAAGAAGCGGCCCUGGAUAUCAGAGGUUAGCCAGGCGAUAUCAAGGCUAAGGCAGCGCCAGAUGACUUUGCAGAGGAGUGAGACUCGGACAGUGCUGAGGAGGAUAGAGCACCAGCAUGUGGAGCUCAGCGAUCUUGCCGGCAUGAGAGAUAUCACGCCAGUAGGAGCCUGAACUUCCUCAUUGUUAACUGAUGAAAGCAUCAGUUGAUUUUGGCCUUUAGGGGUGUCUAACUUGGGUUGGAAUUAGUGUAAAUAAUCAAGUACUGGUAGAGUUUGGUGGUAGGAUCAUGGAUCCAACAUAGGUAGAUUGUGGUAAAUUGGUAACAUGAACACUGCGGCUGUAAGAAAUUGAAAAUCCAUGACCAUUUUUUUUGUUGCCACGUGAA